UCCGAGAUCAUUAUCUAGCGGAUUUAGUUCCGAAAUGUAAAGUCGAUGACAAGGCAUUGCGGAAAACCGAAGAUUUACUCCUUGAUGUAACUGGACCAAUUGCCAUGUGCAAUGAAAUGGUCUUGCAAGGUCAAGAGCACCCAGCUAAUAUAGAUCUCUCAGCUAUAAUGGGUUGUCUCACAAAAUCCUUUCAGUUAUUGGGCAAUGUUAAUGAUCAUAUUCGUAAUAAGAGACGAGCUCAAGUGCUCUCAAAAAUUG